GGCACACUGCGCUGAUCCGAUGGCAGGAGCCAGGUACUUAUCCUGGUCUCCCAUGGGGUACAGGGCCCAAGCACCUGGGCCAUCCUCCACUGCACUUCCCUGGCCACAGCAGAGAGCUGGCCUGAAAGAGGGGCAACCAGGACAGAAUCCGGCACCCUGACCGGGACUAGAACCCGGUGUGCUGACGCCGCAAGGCGGAGGAUUAGCCUAGUGAGCCGCGGCGCCGGCCAAUUUAUUUAUUAUUUAUUUGAAAGUCAUAGUUACACAGAGAGAGAAGGAAAGGCAGAGAGAGAGAGGUCUUCCAUCUGCUGGUUCACUUCCCAGUUGGCCACAAUGGCUGGAGCUGCGCCGAUCUGAAGCCAGGAGCCAGGAGCUUCUUCUGGGUCUCCCACAUGGGUGCAGGGGUCCAAGGACUUGGGCCAUCUUCCACUGCCUUCCCAGGCCAUAACAGAGAGCUGGAUCGGAAGAGGAACAGCCAGGACUCGAACUGGUGCCCAUGUGGGAUGCCGGCACUGUAGGCGACAGCUUUACAUGCUAUGCCACAGCGCCGGCCCCCUCUGCUUCAGUCUUUUUGGUUGGCUUUUACACCAGGCCAUACAAAUGUGUUCUGAAGGCGGGGGCUUCCAGGCACCCAGGGGUCCGACCCUCAGACUGGAGAGGAUUGUCAGUGCAAGGGUGGUUCCUCCCAGGGGAGCUUCCUAACACCUUCCCACAAGCUACUUCCACAUCUCUGUCUCUCAAAGACAGAAAUGAGAAGCCCGCUCACACUAGGUAUCUCGCAUUCUGGGAGUAUGAAUUAGCGAUGCCUCCUUUCUGUCAUAUUAGAAGACAGGUACUGGGAUAUGGGCUCUAUCCACAGCCCACGAUCGUGUUACCAGUGUAGUCGUUCAGUACCAAGUACCAAAGGAGGCCCUGUGUAACCAGUUUCCAGCAUGUGUGACUUGUUUCCUGGGUAUCUGUCCUUCUAAACAUACAAGAUGUUCUCUGUGUUUUAAAGGCAGUGACUCUCUUGUGCUGUGCAUCCUGGGAAAUAGGCUUUGAUAGAAUCUGCAACCUUUUGGCUGGAGUGAAGAUGCUCCCGGAGAGGCCUAACAUAGGGCUCUCCCAACACUGUGGAGAGCAAGGGUGGAUGCCAAGUCGCAACAUUCCCUAAGCAUUGGGCCUUGGGAAAAAGCCCCUUCCCUCCUUUUUUGAGCCUCAGUUUCCCCCCUGUGAAAUGGGACUGGUCGUCAUUAGCUCCUACGUGUGAUGAGGAGAAUAGCAGAGAACCUCUGCAUUCUGUAGAGUAGGCCCUUGCUUUAUGGUUGUGAAAUUGCAUAGAAUUGCAUCCAGCCAUAGUUCACAGAAUCGGUCCAGGCCAAGGGAGAAAGUGUGUGUGUGUGUGUGUGUGUGUGUGUGCAGGAGAGACUUGCAAAAAACAAGGCCUAUCUCUGUGCACGUUUCUCCUCUGGGAAGGAAGGGGCCCGCGCGGUGACAAUAGACCAGGGGCGCUGACUCAGACAGCCAGUUCCUGUUCAUUUCCCUUCGCCACAGGACAGCAGCUGAGCGGGAGCUCAACCCUCCGUGCAGCUCUGAGUCCGGCCUGUGGCUGAGAACCUUACCCAGAGAAAGAUAAGCUCGACUCACGGCUCCCUCGCUGGGCCGCAGUGACUGGGCUGCUGACAGGACUUGUGUGGCUCUGGAUCGAGGGCCAGGGGUGGGAAAGAAGAGAGAGGAACUUCACUCUUUGAAUCCUGAGUUGGUUUCGCUGCGCUGGGCUGCCCAGGAACAACCACACCAGGCAACAGAGCAUGUGAUUAAUGGGCCAAAUUGACCCAGGCAGGAUGCUGGGAAACAAGGUUUAGGAAGAGUCCUUGGGCGCCCCCUGAGGAGCCUGGGGACAGGGUUCAGAACAGCGUGGAGCCCAGCAGCUCCUUGCCCGCCGUGUGGGCUCACCACACAGUUCUGUCUUGCAUGAGGAGUUGCUGGAGGUGGAUUCUUGGUUAUCCACACCGCUAGGAUGGAGAGAGCAGAGUCUGUCGCUGUCUUCUGGAGCCGGGGAGCUGCAGCUAACUCGGGUCGGGAAAAUGCGACAGCGACUGCCCACUCGAGGUCGUCAUGGCGACAGCCAGUGAACGUGUUCCUCUCCUCGGGCAGGCCCCCGAGCGUAGAGGAGCUGCUUCGAGAGGCGCAGCUCAAUCUCCAGAGCCUGUUGCAAGAAGAAUAUGAGGAACAGUACUCAGAGGCCAGACUGCUGGGGCAGACCUUCCGCUCUUCUGAUGAGGCCCCUGAGCCCACCCCCAGCCCAAGGCCCCAGUCUGCCAGGCGUCUGGAGUUUGUAUUGAUGCCUACAAAACGGCAGCUGAGCGAGGAUGAGACUACCACCCAGGGUGUGAGGGCCCCCGAGGCCGCCCUGAGCCUGUCUACCACAGCCGACAAGCAAACUGCCUGGAAUGGCCCCUUCCCUCUGCCCAUCCUAGAGGAGAAGCGGUGGCCUCAGCCCUGCUCCACGCACUCAGACCUUGUGCCCAUCAACAUCUCUGGGCAGCAGUUUGAUAAACACGCAAGUUUGCGACACUCGUUGUUUAACACAGAGACAGCCAUCAACCCCAAGUCCACCCUGAGGCGGAGGCGGACCAUUAUUGGAUUCUCUAACUUUUCCCAGCGAGACCAAGGUCACGGCAACAGCCCAGCAAGCAGUGGGGGCCGCUCCACCCUCUCAGACAUCAGGCCCAGUCACUCACUUCCAGAAGGUGUUCAUGGAAGAGUUGCAGUUGGGCAGGAAGCUUGGUUCCCAAAUCUCACCUCACCAGUACUGAGAAGUCCUUCCAGUGAGUCAGAAGAGCCUCCCCAGGCACAUAGUGGCCCCAGCCCUCCCAGCAUGGAGAGCAUGGGAAUGGUAUACAGUGUCCCCAGUUCUUGCAAUGGACCGGCAGAGUCAACAUUCUCCACCUCGUGGAAGGGAGAGGCCUUGACCUACAUGACUCCAAGUGCUACCACCCAGAGCAAUCAAGUCAAUGAAAAUGGAAAAAAUCCUUCCUUGGGGAAGUUGUGGGUGUCUCUGAACACACUCCCACCUCUGGUUCCUAAGGAGGCUGCUACCCUCUUUGUCACUCGUGAUAACCCGACAGGAUGCAGUGGGCCAGCUGAGCCCCCUACUCAACAAAGGCAGGUACCAGAAAAACCUUCCAAGAUGGGCCUUCUGACCCGUGGUACCUCAAGGCUGGAGACUGGCCCAGGGGUGGGCAGCAGGUUCCGGGAGCGGUCGCUGUCUGUGCCCACAGACUCAGGCACUGCAGAUGUGGACUGUGCUGAGGAGCAGAAGGCCCGUGAGGCCUGUGCCCUGCCUUAUGCCAGCACGAGUUCUGAGGGCAGCACCAGUGCUGACAACAUUGCCUCACUUAGUGCUGAACAGGAGGCCCAGCACAGAAGGCAGAGGUCCAAGAGUAUCUCACUCAAGAAGGCCAAAAAGAAGCCUUGUCCACCAACACGCAGUGUCUCGCUGCUCAAAGAUGAGCCAGUGCUCUUGUCAGAAGGCGGAUCAGCGCUACCCAAGGACCACAGGCCCAGGAGCCUUUGCCUCUCCUUGGAACAAGGACAUCACUCAUCCCACCCAGAUGCUCAGGGCCACCCAGCUGUGCCAACCCUCAAAGAUCCAGAAGGUACACCAUUCUCCCACCACUGGUAUCUUACUGACUGGAAGUCUGGUGACACCUACCAAUCCUUGUCCAGCUCCAGCACUGCCACUGGCACCACUGUCAUUGAGUGCACCCAAGUUCAGGGCAGCUCAGAAUCUCUUGCCUCCCCUUCCACCUCCAGAGCCACUACACCUUCCCAGCUCUCCAUUGAGGUGGAGGCAAGGGAGGUAUCCUCCCCGGGAAGGCCCACUGGACUGAUGUCACCAUCCAGUGGAUACUCCAGCCAGUCCGAGACACCAACACCCACGGUCUCCAUGUCCUUGACCCUGGGCCACUUACCUGCUGCGAGCGGCAGUGUCCGGGUACGUCCAGUGGUACCUGAGAGGAAGUCAUCACUGCCCCCGACGUCACCCAUGGAGAAAAUUUCCAAGUCACGGUUAUCGUUUGACCUACCAUUGACCUCUUCAGCCAACAUAGACCUGUCUGGGAUGAGUAUCUCCAUCCGAAGCAAAACAAAGGUGAGCCGGCAUCACUCAGACACAAAUUUUGGGGCCAAGCUGGCCCAGAAAACUAGUCCCAACCAGCCAAUCAUGCCCAUGGUUACUCAGUCUGACCUGCGUUCUGUUCGCCUGAGGUCAGUCAGCAAGUCUGAGCCAGAAGAUGACAUUGAGAGCCCUGACUAUGCCGAGGAACCUGGAGCAGAAGAAGUGUUCACUUUGCCAGAGAGAAAGAUGAAACCUCCCGUGGCUGAAAAGCCUCCGCUGGCCCGAAGGCCUCCAAGCUUGGUCCACAAGCCACCAUCUGUCCCUGAGGAGUACCCACUAACUUCACCUACCUUGGCUAUGACCUCCAAGAGCUCAAUCCCACACAUGAGGCCACAUGCCCAAGACAGCCACACGGUGGUGCGGAAGCCAAAGUCCUGCAGCUUCCCUGACGCCAGAAGCCCAGGGGAGCCGACAGCACCUUCAUCUCUCAUUUUCAUGCCUUUCACCAGUCCCUCUGGUGCUUUCUUCUCAGGAACACAGCAGCCUCCCCAGGGAAGUAUGGAGGAUGAGAGCCCCAAGGUGAGAGCCUUGCCUGAAAGAAUUAGCCUCCAGAGCCAGGAAGAAGCUGAGAAAAAGAAAGGCAAGAUUCCACCUCCAGUACCAAAAAAGCCCAGCGUGCUGUACCUGCCUCUCGCCUCGCCGAUAGCACAAAUGGACGCCCACAUGGCAGAUCCGAGGCUGCCUCUCAGCCCCAUCAUCACCCUGGAGGAAGAUGCCAAGUGUCCUCCCACCAGCGAUGAGCUGCAAUCACCUGGUAAAAGGACAGCUUCAACGCCGCAAGCUGAUGGUGAAAAGGAGGCAAGCCCUCUGGGGCGUUCCAUAGAACCAAGCAUGGAAGAAAAAAGUUUAAUCAGUGAGAAAACAGCCGAGUGGAUUGCAGAGGACGAUGAUGAUGUGUUUGUGGCUUCACGCACGACUGAAGAUUUAUUUACUGUGAUACACAGGUCCAAAAGAAAGCUGCUUGGUUGGAAGGAGCCAGGUGAGGCCUUUGCUGGCAGCAGACCGAGCCCCCACUCACCAAUAAAGAACACAGCUGAUUCUCCCAUCAGUGAGCCUGCUGCCGCCGCGGGGCCAAACAACAGUGCCAACCUAGAUGCUGGCAGAAAUGAUGAUUUCAAGGCCUUGCUCCAAAAGAAGGGAAGUAAGGCAACUCCACGGUCCCGCCCCUCCGCAGCUGAACUGCUGAAGACCACUAACCCACUGGCUCGGAGAAUUAUUGCACAAUUUUCAAAAGACUAUGAAACCACUGAUAACCCCAGCACCUAGGCCCUGAGUUCAACAAGCAGGGUAUACUCACUAAACUUGAGUAGAGAUGGGGAAGAGAAAGGGUUUUCAAAAGCAACCAUGGACAUAGCAAAAGAGCCUCCAUUUCUUUUACAUUAGCUCACACCCUGGACAGCAGGAGAAAGGCCACUUCAUCUACAGCUGACAUCAGCAGGCACCUGAAUCCAUCUGCAGACAUUUUGCGUUUUCGUACUUACAAUCUUGCCAUGACUGACUACCACAUUUCUUCUUUUCCCUCCCAGUGGUGUGCACUAUCUAAGAAAAAAAUUCUCUAUGCGAGGGCACAUGUGCCACCUUUUUGAAUAAUGAAUGACCCACCUGCUCCAACUUUGACUCUGGUGUGAGAAUAUUGGAGGCUGCCUAAACCCGGGGAGCAGAAGGUGCCAUUGCUGAUUAUUCACUUUCCUGGAGGAAGCCUUGAUGGUCCAGUGUGGAGAUUCAGACAGCAUCUGAUGCCUCCUCAACCACAGUUUACUCCCCAGUGAGGUGUGCAGCGCAGGUGCACACUUAUUUCGGCAUAGGGUGGAUUGGUUGGCUUUUGUGGUGCAAGAUGUGAAUGUGAAUCUGUCCUAAAACAUCAUGCCUUUUUCAGUUUGAUUGUCUACACGGAGAUCAGGGUGAUGAAUUUUAAUAAACACAUACAUGGCACCCCCCCUUUAGAUAAGAAAAGUCAGGACUGGGUUGCAUUGGAUGAACCAAGCUCAGCCAACAAAGAAGGCAACCAUUUGUCCACUCAGAUCUAUCCACGGUAACCAGUACAUCCGUCUUGAGACCCUUCAAGAAUGUCUGUCAAGAAUGAUAGCCAGGAUCUGUGCCCAGCUCAUGCUGCAUUUUAAGAACUCUCAUUUCAUUUGCAUAUAAUAUUAAUUACAGGAAGUGAUUAGCUAAAGAAACAGCAUCAUCAAAGACUCAAGGAGAAAAGAAAGUAAGUGCAUGCUGCCCCAUGCCAUUCUGUUCCAUUCACAGUUGGUGGCUGAUUUGAUUUUGUUUGAAGGAAGUCUGACUCUGUUCCAAAAACCAAGAACGUAUAGACUAAAAGGAACUAUCCAAAGUCUAAAAGACAGCCUUGCAAGUUGCUAUGGCCCAAAACAUGGAAAAAGGGCUACUUUUUCCCUUUUGGUUCUGCAUUUUGACCAGGUUUCAGUCAAGCAUGCUGGCAGAGAGUAAGAACUCGGGUAGAUGGGAUGCCAAAAGAGCUCCAGAACAAUCACCCUCCCUCUCCCAGGCUUAUAGGCACCAAAUAUUCUUGUCAACUCAAUUUUCUAAGCAGAGCAAGAGCAGUGAUUCCUUUGAUUUUCAUAUAUCUGAUUUCUAGGAGGUUAGAGACAAGAAGACCAGUGACAGGAAGUUAAUUGUCUACUGUUUCCCAAGAACUCAGAGAAAAGUCAAAUGAAAUUAGAUCCUGCUUCAUAAUGAGUGAUCCCCAACUCCUUCCUCCUUCGCCCUGCAGCUGAUAGAUUCAUUGUUCAAGCACCUGGAGGAUGCAGUAAGAGUUCCAGAGACAAGUAGAUCUCAAUUUUGAUAGGUCACACUCUUCACCAAUGAGAAGCAAGCUCAACUGCCCACACUCCAGCUGGACAGAGCAGCUGAAAAACCAUGCUAGGAAGACUUGAGCCUCUCACACAGAAGCCCCAGGGCUGUCCUGGGUUGGUACAGUUCUGAAUUCUGGACUCCUGGGUAUAUAUAGGCCAGGCCCACCAGCUCCCUUGCAAUCAGUACUUCCCUCUGAUUUAGAUAGAAGCCACUUAAAAGAAUAAAGAGCUAGAAUAAGCCCAACUGCUUUUGAAAGUAUUAGAGCUAUUUGGUUUGAAGGUAUUACAUUUCAGGGGUUUUCCUGAAAUAAAACAAAUAAUUUCUGGCUUACUUUGUAUAUGAAUGCCACACUUGUCUGCCCUGAACUCAGAAUUCUAAAAGAUGGAAACAUUUUCCUAGAACGGAAAUGAGGGAAUGUUUGUGAUUUUUGCCUGGCAAAAGUGAAAGCUGUCAGGGCCUGCUCCUUGAGAACCAUUUUGAAUAGCUGAACUCUACAUCCGAGUAUGGAAUUCACAUAAUACAAGACUUGUCACUUCUGCUGAAUUUUCUGGAUGCUUUUUGUUGGCUACUUCUAAUGGGUUUUGCCUCUCCCCUCACUUUGCUACCUCUGGAGGUUUUCCCAAAAGAUUCUAAAGCUGAAUACCCAGACACCUUUAUGGUUUUCAAUGACCUUGAUUCCUGUUUUCAUUGACAAUAGUCUGUAAACCUAAAACUUUUAAAAACAUUUUUUGCAUCAUCAGUAUGGCCCCCAAAUGCCUCAUAGUGUUCCCAUUAGCACAAGAGGAUUUGUGGCAGAAAUUGUAUAGCAAGCGAUAACAUUCAAGACUGGAAAUAUUAAUAUUUUACAACAGGUGGACCCAGCCCCAAAUAACCAAAAUCUAAGAGUUCUAUCCAAUGUUGAUUAACAUAACAUCAAGCAUCUUCCCUAUACCCAACAUUCAACCGCUCAUCUACCCUUGAUUAUCAUAGCACCAACUCUCUCUCCCACCCAGGCACUUCCAACAAUGUUUGCUGCCUUGUGCAUCUACUCUGCCAAAACUGGAGAAGACAGGCUGAAGAUCCCUCUCUAGAAGGUUUUCAGAGAAGCUACUACCAUUAUUGCUAGUAUAAAUAAUACUGAUUAAAAUUUUUAAAGGUGAAAUAUAGAAGAGAUAUGAGUAAAAUGAAGUUGACCUCAGGAGUCAGUUUCCACUUCAAGUCAUUCCUGGCCCUGUUUUUUCCCUCUGAUUACAACCAGUAGCAGCAGGUGGCUCUGCUAAGCUGACUUCAGUCAAGGCAGGAGUAGAGGGAGCUAUCCCCAAGAAGCAAGGUUUAUCAGUAUCUAAGGAUGCUUUGCACGUGAUGGGUACUGGUUUCCCAACUGGUUCAAAUGUGAAGGGUAGAGAGCAAGUGUCGCUGGUGUCUCCUCUCCUUUGCCUACACUACUAUGCCUGCCUUGGCCUCCUGCCUGGGCCUCCUACCUAGUCCCAACUUGUCCCUCAGCCCCAACUACCAUGAACUGCAUCCCUAAGCCAACAGCUUGCCCCAGAAGGAGGCAAGACAUAGGGCAGCAAAUAGUUCAUGUUAGCUUCAGCACCACGGAUUGACCAGCUGUGUCGAUGUUAACUAACUAGACAACACAGGUCCAAUGGUGAUCUCGCUGUACCUUUCAGUCUGAGCAGAUCUUCCUAAGCAUUUGCCCCUUCCUCACACCUGAAGCAGUCAGGAAAAACAUGAGUUCAUGGUUACUUCUCUGUUCCUCACUGGUCCAGUCUUCCAUUAUCGCCAAGUCUGUGACACAGUGGCAAGCUUUCCCUUGAAUUUGAUUUUCCAGGGCCAGGACUAGGGCAAGGUGAGCAAGGCACUUAGGUGCCAAAGUUAAGGAAGUGCCCACUCUCAGAGCUGUGCAAGUGCCUUACCCUCGUCCCGGCCCUAUGGUUUGCACUCUGUAAAGUUAUAUCAGUUUAUCUUUUUCCUAUGAACAAGUAUGGCUCUUCUGAUUUGGGAGGGUAACUCCCUCUCUGUUGUUGCACCAAAUGCUUUAUUGCUAUCUAUUUUUCCAUUGCUAGAAACCAUUGUAUGCCUACACAUUAAAGAAUCUUCAAUAUUAUCAGAAAACAUAUUUGAUUUCUAAGUCACCUGCUCCAAGUGGCAAGUUAGAACCCCUUUCAGGGCUGUCACUGCCAUCCGUUGUCUCCUCUUUCCACUCCAUUCCUCCUAAACUUCACUUCCCAGCACCAAGUCUCCUCAGUGCCUCCUACUCUGUUCUCCUCCUAUCUUAAAAAAUGUUCUCAGGAAAGGGAUAAAUUCACUGACUUUGAGAUUAUAAGGCUUAAUGCUACCUCUUUUGAGGAUCACUUGCAUUUUAACAGGGAAAAAGCCUUAAGCCAAAGGAAUGAAGUUCUAUUUGCAGAAUGUUAGGCAUCACCUAGUUGUAGAAGUGUCUUUUUCACCAUGGAAAGGCCAAAAUUCCCUGACAGCUAACUCCAGAAUAUAGAAAAUAACUUAAACUCCUAGAAGCAUUUUUGUUAAUAGCUGAUGGUCAAUUUCGCUAUCCUGAUACUCAGUGCUAUUCAAUAUGGUUACUACGAAGGGAUUCUCAGAAAUGGCAACGAAAAGCCACUGAGAAGGCCUAGAUCAUCAUAUUGUACAUUAACAUUUUUUACACCAAUGGGACAAUACUACUUACCAUUUGAGUAAAAUAACACAAGGAUUUAAAGAGUUUGUGAAAAUAUGUCCUGUUUGUGAAAGGUGAAACUGUCCAAUCCAUGUCAGUUGUUUGGUGUUGGUGGUGAUUAUUAAAUUUAUCAGAGGUACAACUUUACUAAACAUAAGCCUCUGCUCCCCCCUUCCUUUACCUCUGUUAUGUGCUAUCACUUCAGCUUGGUGUGAGAGUGAGAGCCCUAUCUAUACCAGUGCAUCCAGUUCUUCCAAAGCCUUUGCAUGUACUUCAGCUAUGAAUGAUGAAGAUAUUGGGGAUUUGAAGGGAUGAGCGAGAAAGAGGUGCAAAGAAGUGCCUUUGUUAAAGGGCAGCAAAAAGUAUAAUGAUUUAAGCAAUGAUAUGAAAUAAGAGAAGUUUUAGAAUACUUUGAAAUAGAUUUAUAGAGGUCUGCAGUAGUAAAUGAUUAUAGGCCCAUAUUUGGGGUGUUUUAAUAAGUUUAGCAAAAAAAAGAAAUUUGCAUGAGAAUGGGUUAUAUCAGAUAGAUAUAUACUUUUGUUCAGUAAUGCCCAAAAUCUAGACCAGUGAUUUACAAAGUGUGGUCCCAGGACCAGCAACAGCAGCAUCCUUGGAGAGACAGAGUGUGUGUGUGUGUGUGUGUGUGUGUGUGCCGGUGAUGUCACUCCUAGAUCACCUCAGUCACGAUUGUCCAACUGAUUUGCACAUUUCCAGUCAUUUCAGCUGUCAUUACAAUGAUCAUCAGUCUCUGGCCAAGACAUGCAUACUGUCACCUUGGUUAGCCGCAUGUUUGUUUGGUGUUAAAAAAUUAUCAAAUUGAAUCAACUAUGUACCCAAUCUACAAAACCUUUAAUUUGACUCAACUAGCAUAUCUGGUCACUUUUGGGUUAAGAAAAAUAAUUUUUAACUCACAAAUGAAAAAGGAGAAGACAUUAGGUUUACCUGGCAUUGCCAAUUUUGAAAUACCUGUCUUCACCAUGGUGACUGUUCUCUAGGAGGUAUAUACAGAAGUAUAUUUGAUUUUAAGAUUUUGCCUAAAUAGUGGAAUUUGAUAACAAUGACCUGCAAAACAAAACCUGAACCAAAACAACCAGUUAACCCCUCUCAGCCUCUUUGCAAUGUCAAGCUUUAUAGAAAUGUAUUCCUUAUCUGGUCUUAAGCUUUUUUAAUGUACAACUUUAUAAAAUGUUAUGCAUGCAAGCACAGCAUUGUGUUCAUUGUAUGGUCACCUCAAACUCAUUCCUUCCUCCGUAUGUAUGAUGGUAAAGAAAUAUCAAUAUGUAUGUUCUGAAGUCUCCUGAUCAAUUGUAAAUUACAAACAUUUUGAUUAAUUUUUAAAUGAGAUAUAUUUACUCUGGCUAGUAGUUAAAAUUUUAUUCUUUUUAUUAUAUUUCAUUGCUACUAUUUUCUACUGACUCCAAAGUUUACUUUGGGGAAUAUUUCUUAUUUCUAGAAUGUUCUAUUUAUCUUAUUUCUAUAUUUAUCUGUAGUCACAGGAUGUUAGUGCUGAAAGAGACCAGCCUCCCUCAUUUCACGGAUGAGGAAAUUGGGGCCCAGAGGGUCAGAUAACUUAAAUAAGGUCACACAGUGCGCCAGUUGAAGGCCCAGCCUGAGUUCUGGGUCUCCUGCCUUUGGACCCAGUGUUUGUUCACUGAAAGCACUACAUUUAUAGAAGCCCACAGCUGGUUUCUGCUCUUAUGACACAUUCCCAGGUAUUUCAGUGAACUAGCAUAUCUGAUUUAAGGAAAAAAUUGCUCAAGAAUUCUUUAAUUCAUGAAUCCAAAGACAAAUCUGAGUUUCAGCUUAGAAGCAUUCAUUUCCCUCCAUAUUGAAUGUUUACAUAUAUACCCUACCUGUGCAAUGGGUGUUUUCCCUAAAAGUUGCAUACAAAUGAAUUUUAGGCCAAAUUCCAUUUUUAGAAGAGAAGUUUCCUAUGUAAGAAAUCGUCUGGUGACUUCUUUUGAAAAAAACAGGAUUCCUCUUGUCCUUGUCCCUUAAUGUCUCCUCUUAUUUUUUUUCAGUGUGGACUUUUUUAUUUGGUAGCUAUUUAAAGUAGGGCCAACCAAAUUAGCUUUCCUAGAAUCUACUUUAACAUUCCCUUCUUAAUUCUUAUGGAAAUUUUUCAGACUGUUAAAUGCUCAUGAGAUACUCAAUUGUGUUCUAGAACUUUCCCCAGCUUGAUAUUUUGUCAGUCCCUGGGCUCAAACUCCACCUCCAUCUUAGCAAACAACAACAGAAUUCCCUAGUAAGUACUAAGUUCUGUAUGCAGUCUGUUUUCCAGAACAUGUUUUGCCUACUGCUCCUUAGUGUGGAUCUCUCUUUGGCUAUCCCAGGUCUCCUUGCUUAGUUCAUGCCCACCUCACUGUUCUGUGGAGCUGCAGGCAAUGCACCUUUAGGGCUAUGCUGCAUAUACUGAGUCAUAUUUCUGAUCAUGUCCAUUGUUCCCUUGUUUGUCCUGGACUGCCUCUGAUUUCCCCUUUCAAAGAUGCUCAGAGACGGCUCACUAGGCUAAUCCUCCGCCUAGCGGCGCCGGCACACCGGGUUCUAGUCCCGGUCGGGGCGCCGGAUUCUGUCCCGGUUGCCCCUCUUCCAGGCCAGCCCUCUGCUGUGGCCAGGGAGUGCAGUGGAGGAUGGCCCAGGUGCUUGGGCCCUGCACCCCAUGGGAGACCAGGAAAAGCACCUGGAUCCUGGCUCCUGCCAUCGGAUCAGCGCGGUGCGCCGGCCGCAGCGCGCCGGCCGCGGCGGCCAUUGGAGGGUGAACCAACGGCAAAGGAAGACCUUUCUCUCUGUCUCUCUCUCACUGUCCACUCUGCCUGUCAAAAAAAAAAAAAAAAAAAAAAAGAUGCUCAGAGACUUCUCACCAGAGAUUUAGUAGGAUUUUCCCCUGUCAUCUAGACCAGAGAUUGACAGUCCCUUUCCACAAAGGGCCAGACGUGAACUAUUUUAGGCAUCUGUAGCACACUUUUCUUUGUUGUUGCUGUUUGCUUGUUCAUUUGUUUUAUCAUCCUUUGAAGAUGUAUAACCCCAUUCUUAGCUCACAGGCCAUGCAAAGCCUCAGACUGGAUUUGACCACUUCUCAUAGUUGUCUGCUCCCUGAUCCAGAUUGUCUUCUGGCGCAGACAUUUCUGGGACCUGCCUCAUGUCAUAACUGGGUUUGUGGCUCCUGCCCUCCCAGUGAAUGCACUGUCAGGCCAGGCUGACUGCACAGUGGCAGGUGGAGAGCAGCUGCAUAUGCCAACUAUUCCUCUUCAAUAGGAUGUGUUUUGUGUUUCUCCCCACCCCACCCCACCCCCCGCCCUGGCUACCUCAAUGUAGAAACCCUCGUUCUUUUCUCUGGACAUGUUCUUGUUACUCAGUGUAUCUCUGCUUCCCUGAAUUUGGGGUAAGCUGAUAGGAAAGAAAAGAUUUCUGAGUUUCUUUACUUCUUUUGUCCCGUCAUUGCUCCCCCAAAACUGUGGUUGGGGACCUCCAACAUGUGCCACCCUGUGCUGUCCAAAUACUGUCAUUGUAAGUUUAGGGUAGUUAGUGGCAAGCCUGGUGGCCCAGGCCACAGGAUUCCACUCCAGCCUAUGAUUUCCUAGGGAAAUCACCAGCUUUCUUGUUUCUAAAAGCUGGUUUUAGAAUGUCUGUGUCCAUUUGUCCAGUUUAUGUCCAUUUUCUAAUGCAGUUUGAACCUAUUCUAAACAGAGCACUCAGCCCUAGCAAGAAAAUCAAUAAGGUGCAAAAGAUAUUCUGUACCUACAGAUUUUCCCUGCUUCCUGGGCCCCCAGCCCUUGCAAUGGGCUCCUUGGGAUGCCCCAUACAACACCACAACCAGCAGGCAUUUCAGCACACAUCUCUUCAGGUUUUCCAAACCUCUAAAAAGAUUCUCUAAAGCUUCUUCACAUGUCUCUCCACCCUGCUCCUAUCUCCACCCCUCUUGCUUGGAAUUCUAAAGCUCACAUUCAUAUUUUCACACUCACUAGUGCAAACGAUGGGGGAUACAUGUGGAUGAGAAGAUGUGUGCCUUGUGUGUGUGAAUGUGGUUUCUCUACCAGGACUGUGAGAGCCACAUCCACUGAGUUUCUCUCUCUCUCUCUCCCUCUCUCUCUCUCUCUCUCUCUCUCUCUCACACACACACACACACACACACACACACUAUCCAGUGCUGUCAUUAGCCCUUUGGGCCAGGGCCAGACCUGAUGGGAUUGGUCCAGGAGAAGGGAAUGGUAUGGGCUCCUGAGGCCUUCUUUCCACUGGCUUGCCUUGGCUUUUCCCCAGUGUGCCAUUUGAAGAACCUCCUUUGUGAUGGCUCUGGACAGGCUGACAUACAGAGAUGAGGCCUUUAAUUUGUUGUGAAUUCUACCCUCCCAUAUAGUUCUCCAGCUGCAGCUGUUGCUAGCACAGCAAAUUGUUUCUUAGGACCUAUAGCUUGAUUUCUGUCAUUUGAGCCCAGGGAUCCACUCACUGAAAUCUAAAUUUUAAAAAGUUAGAGACACAAGUAACAUUCAGGAUUUCCCUGGUAGAAAAGCAUGUGUGAAACAGUUCCCUUCCGCCUCCUGUUUAGGAUUUCCAGAAUUAAGAAGGGAAACUGGGUUUGUGCUGUGGACCCCAAAGCAGCCGAAGUCCUCUACUUGCCAAAAAACAAAAUGAGGAAUGAGGAUCAGCCAGUCUUACUGCACAGAGUCAGGGACUGGACUUUUGUUAAGUUAGCACUUAUCACUCAGUGCUUGCUGAGUGCCAACAAUGCACUUAAGAAAAAUAAGGGAGACAGGAAUGUACAGACCAAGAUCCUAAGCUGGAAGGCAGAGAUAAGGCCAUUCCCCCAGUGAUGAGAAUGUGUCCCUGGAUGAAAACAUUCAAGAGGAAACAGAAACUAGGAAAGAUUACAAUCCUGCUCAUCUGAGGAUUUCAACACAAAAUGGGAGGGAGCCCUCUGUGGAAUGAUAUUUCAAAGGAUUUUUCUUGUCUUUCUUUUUUUUGAAAAAACAAAAAAGCAUUCCUUACUGGCUUACUACCAGCAAUUGAACUGUACCCUUUAUAUAGCUAGAGCUGUUUGUGUCUUCUUAAAAUAAACUUUUUCGGUUAAAAUCA